AUGGACCGCGACUUGGGCCCAGAUGUGGGUGACAUGGCACCUGAGGCCAUCAAAGCCCAGGUGACUGGGCCUGGGGUGGUGGAGGUCCCAGAGCCCAAGGGAGGCCCCAAGGAGGAAGAGGGAGCCCAGGCUCCAAUCCUACCCAGAGCCUGGGAGGGUGGGGAUGCCGAGGAAUACUUGGAUGUUGGGCCAACAGAGGAGGAGGGAGGGGACCUGGCAGAGAGCCAGGAUAUCGUAGUGGACACCUGUCAGUUGCUCAUGCUUGGCUUCUGGUGCAUGUUCCUGGAUCUGGAUCAUUCACUUCUGCACCACAUCUACUACAAUUACCAUACCCUGCUCCAGUCCCUUCGCAGCCAAGUGAACCAGCGAUCCCGAUCCCGCUCAACUGUGUUAAGCAGCUCAAGUGAGCGCCAGGUGAUGCAGAUGCCCCAGAGACGAAGAACUAGGGCCAUGACUCAGAUGAUCCAAGGCGAGAGCCAGGGCCUGGGCCUGGGCCCGGGUCUGGGUCUGAGCCUUGGUCUGAGCCUGGGCUUUAGCCUGGGAUUGAGUCUGAGCCAGCUGGACACAGCCGCCUCUAUCCCAGUGGCCCAGCACACAACACAAAGCAGCAUAGCAAUUCAGGAUCCAGAACAGCAGGCAGAAGAGGUGGUGGAGAAAGAACCGGCAGAGGAGAUCAUAGCACAGAUCACCGAUGUGAGAGGUGAGGAAAUGGUGGACCCACAGCUGCAGAGGCGCUAG